AUGUUCUGGCGUUUUGGGGGAUAUGCAAGUAUCUCCAGCAUCGACACCCUUCUCGAGAAACCCGGGGUCACUGUUGAGGACUUCCUGGACGAACCGGAGAUUAUCCAAGAACUGAAACAGCAUAAUACGAAACUCAUAGAAUAUCUGCGCGAGGAACAUGUCUUGAAACGGCUUAUGGACUACGUGACUGCACCGAGCUUGAUGAACGAUGACCACGAUGACGACGACGAUGCCAACGAGAAAAACACUGCCAAAGAUGCAGGCUCGGGAGAGCAAACAGACAAAAAUGACAAGGAUGAAGAACAGGAGUCGGAUCCCUUGAAGGGUGUUUUGGAUUCGGAUGACCUGGAGAGAAUUGAGAAGUCGCGCCUGAAGCACGCCUAUGUGGCCUGUGAGAUUCUCUCGUCGGAGACAUGGACGAUUCUCGAAACUAUCAUGGAGAAUCCGAGCUACUUGCGUGACUUCUGGGGAUUCCUUCGGCGGCCGGCGCCUCUCGACUCCCUACAGGCGAGCUAUUUCACCAAAGUGAACGAGACGCUGCUUGAUAAAAAAACGGAGGAGAUGUUGGAUCUUUUGAAAUCGCUGGAUGGGAUUGUGCCGGCUCUGCUGCAGCAUAUUGAUAACCCAAUGGUUAUGGACCUCCUGCUUAAGAUCAUUAGCCUGGAAAAGGCGGAGGGUGGUCAAGGUACUGUUGACUGGCUCCAAUCCCAGAAUUUGGUCCCUACUCUUCUUUCUUUCUUGUCUCCGGAUCACCCUGCGUCAGUCCAGACGUCCGCAGGUGACUUCCUAAAAGCCAUCAUUACCAUCUCCGCAAACGCGACUCCUAACGAUCAAUCUUGCAUUGGUCCGAACAGCCUCACCCGUCAGCUAGUUUCAGCUGAAUGCGUGCAGCAGCUCGUGGAUGCUAUGCUCAAAGGUGGUAACCCAUUGACGGUUGGCGUGGGCAUUGUGAUUGAGGUCAUUCGGAAGAACAACUCCGACUAUGAUCCCGAGCACCUAGGAAAUCCUGAGUCGAUGCCAACGCCUUACGACCCAAUCUACCUUGGUAGUCUUCUUCGUUUGUUUGCGAAGAACAUCCCCCACUUCAUGGCCUUGAUUCAAAGUCCAAAACACACUAUCCAUGACGGUAAAACCUUCAAGACCGUCGAUCGAGGUCGCUUGAACUCUGCAUGGGGCGGAAAAAUUGAGCCACUUGGGUUUGAUAGGUUCAAGACUUGUGAAUUGAUGGCCGAGCUGCUGCAUUGUAGUAACAUGGGCCUUCUCAACGAGCCUGGCAGCGACGAGUAUGUUCAGCAACGGGAUGCCGAGCGUGAGAGGUUGAUCAAGGAGGGAUACUUCAACCCGCUUAGGGAUGAGCAAUCUGGCAUGGAUUACAAUGAUACCACAGCCGACUUUACCAAUGGAUCAGCCCUGGAUUCUGGGUCUCCCGAGGAUAUCAAGGGUGUGCACAUGCCUCGCGCAGGCGAAGAAGAAGGAUUCGAGGAUGUUAGUGCCUCUGGCGUGCUUGUUAGCGAGAAAGGAGAACAGACCGAGAAUGAAGCUGCUUCCUUGGAGCAGACCGCAGGCUCAGAGGGCUUGACUGUCGACACACAUAACACACCCGAGUCCUCCGAAUCUCCAGAAUUGGCUACUGGCCUUGCGGACCAGAUGGGUGAAAUUAAACUUGAGGGCGAGCAACAAAAUUCAUCACAGGAUCAAAUUGAGCAACACGUGGUGUCUGCUAAGUCGGAAGAUGUCCCACCCCCACUUUUUGCAUCGAAGGAGCAGCCUUCAGAGUCGACUUCUGAACUUGUCGAGCAAGUCGAUGGCUCCUCUGCUAUCACUGAGCCUGCACAGGAAACUAGCCACAACGAUGGCGGUGCGGAAGAUCCCGCCGAACAGUACAUUCAGUAUGACACGGACGGGCGCCCGGUGGUUGGAGAUUACCUCAAAAUCAAGUUUGUUGAGAACAGGGUAGUCCCAACGAUCUUGGGUUUCUUCUUCCGCUUCCCUUGGAACAACUUCCUCCAUAAUGUUGUGUACGAUGUGAUCCAGCAGGUUUUCAACGGACCCAUGGAACGUGGCUACAACCGCGCUCUUGCAAUCAAUGUUUUCGAGACCGGUCACAUCACCACUGCCAUUAUUGAAGGCCAGAAGCGCAGUGAUGAGGCCCAGAAGACCAAGCAGAUUCGUCUUGGUUACAUGGGUCAUCUUACCCUUGUCGCUGAGGAGGUUGUUAAGUUUAGUGAACGCCACCCGCCGGAGCUACUGUCACGCUCCGUCAUGGAAUCGGUCCUGAACCCUGAUUGGAUUGACUACGUUGAGCAGACACUUUCUGAGACCAGGGAGCGAGACAAUGCCAUUCUGGGAGGCGUUCGUCCAGACAUGUCGGUUGGGUCUCGCCAAGCAGCGAUCAGCUCUAGCCAGGGUUUCAGCAACUCAAAUGCUCUCGCCGAAGCAGGUCUGAAUGGGGGUAUUGGUGGUUCAACUUUCCAAGGGUUCGACUUGAACCAAGGGAGUGUCUCGGGUGGGGCGUUUGGGCCUGGUGGUCCCUCUCUCUUAAGUGGGUUUGCAAGCUCGAGUGACGACGAAGAAGAGGAUUUAGAGGAUCAUGACGACAGAAAUGCUGCCAAUGCCGACCACGGUGAUUUCGAGAAUGUAUCCACAAGUUCCACAAGCCAACCAAUUCCCAUUUUGCCUCCACCUCCAGCUCCGUUGAGCACGGGACCCUCCCGAGCUCGGCGCCAGCUGGCAGCACGCCUCGCAGCCCAAAAACAGCAGGCAGUCGAGAAUGAAGAUGCGGAAGCAGCGGGAGAUAGAAUUCAUGAGGCCGAUAACCGAGACUCCCAGUGGCCGAGCAACCCAUUUGUCAUUGCUGGCAUUGACGAUGAAGCUGACGGGGGCAAUACUGCGUUCCCCAACAGCGAUUUUGGAUCGAACGCGGACCAUACCUUUACUUCAGAUUUCCAUGAGGGGGGGUUCAGCCCACCGGACUCGCUGUCUAACUCAUCUGAUGAAGAUGGGGACGGUCACGCAGAGGCCAUGCGCCGACGUGUCCGCGUUCCCCUUGAAGUCGAUGAAGAUGACGACGAAAUGGGUGAAAUGGUCGGACCUAGCGCAACCGGUAUGAUUGAUUCAGAUGAUGAGGACGACGCCAUCAUCAACGAAUCACUGGGUUACUCCAAUCUCCCACAUCCCAGUCGAUACACCGGAUUCCGCCGGCCACGGUCCGUGAGUUCUCAUUUCGAUGACGAACAAAAUGACAGCAGUGAUGGUGAGGAUGACGGGCUGGUGGAGAUUCUAGUCCCAGGCCGCAAAUCCUCUACUUCAAAUUAA